AUGCUACGAACGCAAGUUGUCAAGCUCGCAAGAGCUGGUGCUGCUCCCUCAAUCCGCCGUUCCUUCUCCAUUUCUGCCAUCCGAGCCGCCGAGGGAGAUACCGGAGCCACGAGAUCUGGCGGAGUUGCUUCAGGUGAUAGCUGGACCAAGCGUGAGCAAGCCAGCGAAACCAAGUUCAUCAGGGAAAAGGAAAUGGAAAGCUUGAGGAAGCUGAAGGAGAAGCUCGCCCAACAACGAAAGCACCUCGACGAGUUGGACAAGCACAUCCAAGAGCUGGAGGGAGAUGCCGGCGAAGACCCGCAGCACAUCCGUGAGAAGUAG